AUGGCCCUGAUCAAGCGCAUCCUACGCUAUGUCAAGGGCACGCUCUCCUCCAAGCUUCACAUCGGCACCGGUCCUGUUCAGUCUUUAACUGCCUACUCCGACGCCGACAGGGCUGGCUGCCUAAACUCUAGACGCUCCACCUCCGGCUUCUGCAUCUAUCUCGGUGACAAUAUGGUGUCUUGGUCCUCCAAGAGCCAGAUCACGGUGUCUCGUUCCAGUGCUGAGGUGGAGUACCGUGAUGUGGCUCAUGCUGUGGCAGAAUGUUGCUGGCUCCGUCCACUUUUUCAGGAGCUUCAUGUCCCGCUUGCUUCGGCCACUAUUGUCUACUGUGACAAUGUGAGUACUGUCUACAUGAUAGCAAACUCGGUGCGUCAUCGGCGUACGAAGCACAUCGAGAUUGAUAUUCACUUUGUUCGUGAGAAAGUGGCCUUAGGCUCCAGUUCCACUGCGCCGCCCGGCAUGCUCGCCUCGCGGGAGGGACAUGUCAGCCUCCGCGUCAUCGCCAGCCACUAA